UGAAUCUAAUCAUCCUUCUUUCCUACGUAUGUGAGCUGCGGUAGAGUCAAGAUAUGCUUCUUUCCUACAACCUUCAACAAACACAAACACAAACAUCCCAAAUAAAUCAGGUGCCCUGAGCCUACAAAAUAUAUUUAUGUUUGCAAGAAAGGUCAUUACAAUAAUAAUAAUUUGUCGAUGGAAAAAUCCAUGCUGAAACGCUCUCAAAUCACAUGCAUACCAGGCAUUAGUAGGGAUCAUAAAAAAUGGUAUAGUGAGAGUAGCAUCAAGCCCAUUUCUUGUGGUUAUGGAGGUAAUUACAGUUUCAAAGGGACCUCUGUUAAUCUUCCCUUGCAUUCGAUUUUGAAACCCACUUUGUUUACUGGAAAAGGCUUAGGCAUAACAAAUAAAAGAGGUCUGUUGUGGGUGAAUGUUAUCAGAGCUACUACAAGCGGUUUUGAAUCUUCUCACAGCUCUUCAAUUAAUGGAGGAGAUGAUGCCCCAGAUCAAAGCAAACAGUAUAACAGUGUAUUUUCUGUAUUCGCAGGUAUAUUUGGGUUCUUGAUUAGACUGUCAAGGGGGAUCUUAGGUGUGCUUUACAGGGAGAAAAAGACUUUUGAAAGAAUUGAAGAUAAAGUAGAGAACGCCGUGGAGAUUGUGGAAGAAGUGGCAGACACUGUGAAAGAUGUUGCAGAGGUGACCGAAGAGAUUGCUGAAAAAAUAGAAAAGCUGUCUAAAGAAGGGGACUUUGUUCAUGAAACAGCUGAAUUUGUUGAUGAAAUCUCAGAAAGAGUGGGCAGGGAUGCAGGAAUUGUGGAAAACCAAGUUGAAACAAUAAAGAAGACAAUAAAGAGCAUGGAUGAAGAAGUGGACAAGGCAGAAGAUGCUGUAAAGGAUAUAACAGAAAAAAUAUCAGAGGAAAACGUUAGUAAGGAGGAUGAGAAAGAGAUGGGUAGAGCAGAGAAUUCAUCAAUUCCAACAGCGGAAACUGAGAAAGACAAUAAAUCCAUGGAUUCAGUUGAGGUCACUUCAAAAUCUAAAUUUGAAGUCGUUGGUUUUAUGGAAUUGUUGAGGAGAUUCACAUGGUUGCUUUUCUGGGCAAGAAGAUUGUCACCCAUGAUAUUGGGAGUGCUAUUGGUUGUGAUUUUUGGUGAGCAAUUGAUUGGUACAUUUGUUACUUGUUAUUCUCAAUUCAUGGCGCCAUGAUUGCUGCAUUGGAUUUGGUAAAACGUCAAUUGGAAGGGAUUGUUAAUACUAAAAUCUAUUGAAAAUAAAGCAACUUCUUCAUAAGAUUAGGUAA